AUGGUCCAGCACGUGCGGAUGCUGAUUGAGCUUGGACACUCUGCAGGAACUAGCCGGUUAAGUCUUCAGAGGCUCAUGACCGGGGAAGAUCAAAACCAGACAUGGAUAAGUGAGUUCUUCUUGCUGGGACUGUCCAGUGACUGGGCCACACAGGUGGCACUCUUCGUCCUGUUUCUGGCCAUGUACUUGGUGACGAUUGUGGGAAAUGUCCUCAUCAUCCUCCUCAUCAGACUGGACAGCAGGCUCCACACCCCCAUGUACUUCUUCCUGAGCGUCCUGUCCUUUGUGGACCUUUGUUACGCAAACAGCAUUGUCCCACAGAUGCUGGUCCAUUUCCUCUCAGCACACAAGUCCAUUCCUUUCCAUCGCUGUGUGCUCCAGCUAUACGUCUCCCUAGCGAUGGGAGGGUCUGAGUUCUUCCUGCUGGGAGCCAUGGCCUAUGACCGCUACGUGGCCGUGUGCCACCCCCUGCAUUACACAGUCAUCAUGCACGGAGGGCUGUGCCUAGGGCUGGCUGCAGGCUGCCUGGCAGCUGGCUUCUCCAACUCCCUGAUGGAAGCCAUCAUCACCUUCCGGCUUCCACUGUGUCACAACGUUAUCAAUCACUUUACCUGUGAGACUCUGGCCGUGGUGCGGCUAUCCUGCGUGGACAUCUCCUUCAACAAGGUCAUGGUGGCCAUCUCCGGCUUCGUGGUCAUCAUGCUCCCCUGCUUCCUGGUCCUGUUCUCCUACACUCGGAUAGUGGCUGCCAUCCUUCGCAUCCGCUCCACACAGGGACGCCGCAAAGCCUUUGGGACCUGCGCCUCCCACCUCACGGUGGUCUCCAUGUGCUUCGGGGCUACGAUCUUCACCUACCUGGGGCCACGGUCUGCCUCUUCAGAGGAAGAGGAGAAGAUGGUGGCCCUGUUUUAUGCCGUGGUUGCUCCCAUGUUGAACCCCCUGAUCUACAGCUUGAGGAAUAAGGAUGUUAUGGCUGCGUUCAGGAAGGUGUUAGAGAAAUUGAGAGGGUCCUGGGAGCUGGACAUGCAGAUGGGGCUGGGCUUCCCCCUUGGACUCCUCACAGGAACCAAUCACCAGGCCCUUCCCCUGUAG